UUUAUUUACUCAAGUUAAAGCUCAGGCAGGAAUCAUUUUGUGGAGAACAGGUCUCUUGUUAGAUUAAACACACAGAAGCAGAGAAGUAUGAUAGAUGUUCUAAAGCAGGUAUGUUUCUCACUGGCUCAUAAAUCUACUGACACAACAGGGGAGAACAGUUGGAGCACUCAGACGUAGAGCAAGCUACCGGAGAAAAGAAAACUCUGAAGAAAAGGCUUCAUCAUGGCUCGACUGACCAUCCUGGCUGGAUUGGCUCUUCUGAUGUGUCUUCAGACUGUUUCUUCCACCAAACUGGUAUGCUACUUUACCAACUGGUCCCAGUACAGACCGGGGGUUGGAAAAUACACCCCUGACAACAUAGAUCCAAACCUCUGUACGCACCUCAUCUACGCCUUCGCCAUAAUCAGCUCCUCCAAUGAGUUGUCUACGUUUGAGUGGAACGAUGAUGUUCUGUAUAAAUCCUUCAAUGCACUGAAGAACAGAAACCCUCAGCUGAAAACUCUGCUGGCUGUCGGCGGGUGGAACUUUGGAACAACACAAUUCAGCCUCAUGGUCUCAUCUCCGGCCAACCGUCAGGUGUUCAUCCAGUCUUCCAUCAGAUUUCUGAGACAACAUGGCUUCGAUGGACUAGAUCUGGACUGGGAGUACCCGGGAUCACGAGGAAGCCCACCAGAGGACAAGAAACGGUUCACGUUGCUCUGCCAGGAAUUACUUGCAGCAUUUGAGAAGGAAGCCGAUGAAACCAAAAGACCGAGACUGCUGCUCACAGCUGCUGUGGCGGCUGGAAAGGGGAAUAUUGAUAACGGCUAUGAGAUUGCAGAUGUAUCCAAAUACUUAGACUUUGUAAAUGUUAUGACCUACGACUUCCAUGGAUCCUGGGAUUCAUUCACUGGCCACAACAGCCCUCUAUACAACAGCUCUGCUCUAACUGGUCAACAUGUCUACUUCAAUGUUGACUUUGCCAUGAACUACUGGAAAGAUCAAGGAGCUCCUCUAGAAAAGCUGCUGGUUGGUUUUCCUGCAUAUGGUCGCACAUUUCACACAUCAGCAGCAGCUGGUGGUGUUGGCGCACCAGCCAGUGGACCGGGCACUGCUGGGUCCUACACCCGGGAAGCAGGAAUUUUCUCUUAUUAUGAGGUUUGCACUUUCCUUGAUGGAGCCACCACUCACUGGAUUGAGGAACAAAAGGUUCCCUAUGCAGUCAAAGGCAAUGAAUGGGUGGGAUUCGACAACAAGCAGAGUUAUGCACUCAAGGCACAGUAUGUGAAAGAUAACAACUACGGUGGAGCAUUCGUCUGGUCUCUGGAUCUGGAUGAUUUUGCUGGACAAUUCUGUGGUCAGGGAAACUAUCCUCUUAUUAAAUAUCUGCGCUCUCUUCUAGAUUCAGAUACCCCACCAAACCCUGCUGUAACCACAGUAGCACCAGUUUUUACAACAAACCAGCCUGGCCACAAUUCAACCAAAACUGCCCACCCAACCACUGGGAAAGUGACCACAAACAAGCCCAACCCUGUUGCAUCCACAGCGGCUGCUGGCACGACCGCUCCCAAAACAACCAAAUCUUCUGUUUCUGGAAGUGAUUUCUGUAAUGGAAAGCCUGACGGUAACUACAGAAAUGACAAAGACAGAACCACCUUCUAUCAGUGUGUCAGUGGAAACACCUAUUUACAGAGAUGUCCUGUUAAUCUGGUUUUUAAUGACAGAUGCAACUGUUGCGAAUGGCCCUAAUUAAAGGUGUCAUUUAUGAAAUUGGGCUGCACUAUACUCUCAGUUUGUGAAUUAAAAUAGUAAAUGUUUCCUUAUAUAAAAUGUAAUAUAAGUAACAUAUAUAUGAAAUGAUUUAGUAAAGUUUUUGUGAAUAUAAAUGCUGGAUUGGUAAUGUGUAUGCAAUGUCCUCUCCGGGUCUAUGUUCUUGUUUGUCACCUUUAUUUAGAAAACCAAAAGGAGAUUGCUUAGCCACGGCGUUUCAGGUGCACUGUGCCUUAAAAUACUUUGUAAUGUGGAGAUUUGCUGUUGUUAAAGACCAACAUCUUUCAAUAGAUGUUCUUAUUUUUUGCUCCCUCAAUUUCCGUUUCCAUCUUUCUUCUUGUUGCUGCUCACUGUGGCAUCAUUAUUUGACUUUCAUGUUAAAUAUUAGUAUAAGUAUUUUGUGUUUUUCACAAUAGAUAGUCAAAUAUUUAGAAAAAAUGACUUGUAAGUUAGUUGUUGACUAA